AUGUCAGCGGCAACAAAUAAACUCAGACACAAGGAAACUAGAAAGCAUUGGUCAAGGUAUGUAUGGAAUAACUUUUUACAUCCUAGUAUUGCAAGCAAUAUUUGGAAAUUGGUGCAAGGAAUUUACAUUGAUGAUGCAAUUAUGGUGAAAAAUGGGUAUGAUUUAGCAUCUAGAUAUUGUGUAUGUGAAAAAGAUCAGGAUAGUAUGAACCAUUUACUCUCGAAUUGUGUUGUUAGUGUUGAAAUAUGGGAAUGGAUUUCAGCCAUUUUUCAGUUCAAGGCUCCUAAAUCAUUUGAAGAUGUAUGGAAGUGUGCAGAAAAUAAAAGUCCUCUCAUAAAGAAAAUCUGGAUUACAGCUUCUUGUGUUAUUCUAAAGGAAAUAUGGUUUCAGAAAAACAAGAAAUAUUUUGAAGAGGUUAAACCAAAUGUGCAGACCAUUCAAAGAAAAGUAAUCAAGUAUGUGAAGGAGGGUGGUCUGAGAAUGAAAGGGCAUAAAUGGAGUCAGAUUUAUGAUGAUCAGAUAAUAAAUUUUUUCAGCUUGGGGCACAGAAGCACAAAAUUUCAGUGUAUCAGAGCUUGUUUCUGGUCUCCUCCAACAAAUGGCUAUAUUCUGUUUUGCUGUGAUGGAUCAUCAUUUGGAAAUCCAAGAGGAGCAGGCUUUGGUGUGGUCAUCAGAGAUGAAUUUUUCCAAGUAAUAGGUACCUUAUGUGGUGGUUUGGGAAUGACAACAAAUUAUAUAGCAGAGAAUUAUGCAGUGUUAUGUGCAAUAGAGUUAGCCAUAGAAAGGGGAUUAACAAAGAUCAUAAUCAGGUCAGAUUCCAAAACUGUAUUGCAGGAGUUUGGAGCAGGCAAAAUACCAUGGUUUCUUAGAUCAAGAUGGAGGAAAGAAAAGUCAAGAAUUCCUUCUAUACAAUUUGAACAUUGUUAA